AUGGAGCCCCCCCCCGAAUGCCGGCAGGAGACCCCAGCCCUCACGGAGGCAGCUGCCGAGUUCCUGAGCCUCAUCGGGCCGGAGGAGCUGGAGCGCUGCCUGUUCGCUGAGACGCUGGAGGUGGUGGCAGCAGGGGGCCAGCCAAGGGACCAGGCAGGGGGCCAGUGGUGGGUGGCAGCCCGGUGGGCACCCUACGAGCGAGCGGGCGAGCCGGUGCGGAGCUGCCUCCUGGUGCAAGCCGGCUCCCGUGGCAGGCAUGACAGCGUGGCCGGCUCCAGCACCCUCAAAGCCUACGUGACCCCGCAGCUGGAGACCCUGGAGCAGGAGGAGCAGGAGUGCCCGGAGCUCAGAGCACACCCCAUAGAGAGGAGGACCCACAUGGUGAGCCACCAGCAUGGGAUGACCGUCACAAAGACCCUCCGGGAGGGAGAGGAAAAGCCACAGUGCUGGAGCUUCUCCUACGGCCGGGCCGAGCUGCGGGGGCUGCUGCUGGAGGGUGCCAGCCUCCUGCUGCUGCGGGUGCUGGCGUGCCGGCGGGCAGUGCCCCCCGGCCUCGUCUUCCCGGCCAUUGACACUGAGGGCCACCUCUGCACCUCCAGCUACCGCGCCCUGGGCAUCCAGCGGCAGGCGGUGGGCUCAGCGGAGGCGGAGGUGUUUGUGAUAGAGCGAGCCAUGCACGCCAGCACGGGCGUCUCCACUGUCUGGCACAGCAGCUUCCUCCCCAGCGGGUACGGGCGGGGGUCUGGUCGGGGGCACCCCAGCCCUGCCAGCCUGGCGGGGACCCAGGAGGGGGUCACCGGCUCUUCCCCCCGCAGGCGUUUGGCCCGGCUGGUGCAGGUCGGCUGCCCGAUGCUGGUGCUUCUGCAGGAUGAGUCCGUCCUUGGCAAGACAGGUGGGGUCGAGCCCCGGCCCCCCUUCCCCAAACAGCCCCUGGACUGGGAGGAGGACAUCCAGCUCUGCUCCUGGUUCCUGGACAGGAAGGAGGACCUGCAAGCGUCCCACGCCGCCUACGUCCGGCAGCACCCCGAGCUCCGGGCGCUGCUGGCCGACUUCCUCCAGGCCCUGCUCCUCCAGCAGCCCUGUGACCCCGUCUCCUUCGCCGCCAAAUUCUUCGCCCGCCAGCAGCACCCCGGGACCCCCUUUGCCUCCGCUGGGGCUGCCAGCCCCCCGCCUCACCACCGCCUGGCUAACGGGGAAUAA